AAACUAGCCCGGUCAUUAACUUAUAGCAUCGCCUGCCGAUAAGCAUCCACGUUUGUGUUCAAAAGAAGAGGUCCAUAGACUUCAGCUUGUGCGCCAAUUUCGACCCGAAUAAAAAGGAGAGCUUGCCUAUUUGAUUUCAUCCAUGAGGGCCCGUUGUUCAGCCUCCCUGUGAGUAAACCCUGUUGAUGGCCAUUGUAAUCCCCUGUUAUCAACCGGGUUUUUUGUUUGUCUCACUUCCUGAGCAUCAGUUCAGUUAUGCGCUAGCACUCUACAUGUUUGUUGAAUUGUCUGAAUGGCUUUCUCUUCUUGCCUUCUUCAAUCCCACCAUUUUACUCUCCCGCACACUCUAAACCUCCCACCUCUUUCUCUCUCUUCUAAAUCCCUCAAACCCAUUUGCAGCAUCCCCAAUAGAGAACUGCUCACUUCCAUCUCAGCCUCAACUUCACCUUCUCCCUCCCUAACCCGUAAACUCCCACCAGACUUCACCACAAAACAGCUCCUCGACGCCAUCAGCCAACAAAAUGAUGAAACCUCUAUGCUUAACCUCUUCUAUUGGGCUUCCAAACACCUCAAUUUCAAACCAAGUUUUUACGAGGAAAUCAUUCGAAAGCUUGGACAUGUCGGAUCAUUGGAUUCAAUGAAGCAAAUCUUGGAGGAUAUGAGGAUUUCCAAUUGCAGGCCCACCGAAGGUACUUUUAAAAUUUUCAUUGAGAAUUACGCGAAAAGGGAUUUGUAUGAUGAAGCUAUUGGUGUCCUUGACACGAUGGAACAAGCGUUUGGGUUGAAACCAGGGCUGUAUACUUACAAUUUUCUGUUAAAUGUUCUUGUCGAUGGAGAAAAGUUUAAAUUAGUGAAAAGUGUUGAAUCCAUGAUGUUUAGUAAAGGAGUUGAACCUGGUGUCCCAACGUUUAACAUACUGAUAAAGGCCCUGUGUAAAAACCAUCAAAUUAGGCAUGCUAUAUUGAUGAUGGAAGAUAUGUGUAGUUAUGGUUUGGCACCGGAUGGGAUAACAUACACCACCAUAAUGAAAGGAUGUAUUGAGGAAGGGGAUUUGGACACUGCUCUUAGAAUCAGGGAUGCAAUGAUAGCAGCUCAAUGCCCACUGAGCAAAGUAACAGUUAAUGUUUUGAUUCAUGGGUAUUGUAAAGAGGGUAGAAUUGAGGAAGCUUUGAAUUUUGCAGAAGAGAUGUGGGUUGAGGGAUUUCGUCCUGAUCAAGUAACGUAUAAUACUUUGGUGCAUGGUUUGUGCAAGUCUGGAUAUUUUAAGCAUGCUUUAGAGCUUUUGGAUUUAAUGCUUGAGGAGGAGUUUGUUCUGAAGAUUGUCACGUAUAACACUUUGAUAUCUGGACUGUGUAAAACUGGUCAAGAUGAUGAAGCCAUGGGAGUCCUCAAUCAGAUGAUUUCAAGGGAUCGUUCACCGGAUAAAGUCACUUAUAACAUUCUGAUUAGAACCUUGUGCAACAAGAAACAAAUGGAACAAGCAUUUGAAAUUGCUUGUAUUAUGAUGGACAAGGGAAUUCUACCUGAUGUUUAUACGUUUAGUUCCCUCAUACGAGGGCUCUGCUUGACGAAGAAUCACGAUUUGGUAAUUGACUUGCUCCACGGAAUGAAAAACCAAGGUUGCUGGCCUAAUGAACACAUAUUCAAUAUCUUAAUCAACGGUCUUUGUUCGAGCGGAAAACUAGACAGAGCUUUGGGUCUAUUGAAGGAUAUGGAAUCUAGUGGCUGCACACGAGGUGUAGUAACGUAUAACACUCUGAUAUCCGGACUUAUCAAAAACAAGAGGAUUGAAGAAGCAAAGGAAAGUUUUGAUCGAAUGAUGCUAGAAGGACUUCAACCUAAUAACAUAACCUAUAAUACAAUGCUCUAUCACUACUGCAGAGUUGGCGAUAUCAAGAAGAUGGCAGACAUUGUCCAAACCAUGACUUCAAAUGGGUGUGAACCGGAUGUUGUCACCUAUCGUGCCCUAAUACAGGGAUUGUGUAACGUGGGUAGAAUUGAGAUUGCAAUUAGGCUUCUCAUAACUAUCCAGACGAAAGGAAUGGCGUUGGCCCCACAAACCUAUAAUCCCUUGCUCCGAGCACUCUUCAAACGGAAGAAAACAAAAGCAGCCAUGAGAGUGUUUAGAGAAAUGAAAGAGAAGGGUGACCCUCCAGAUGCAUUUUCGUAUGAAACUGUUAUUCGCGGGCUUUGUUCUGGCAGCGGACCUAUUGGAGAGGCUGUCGAUUUCAUCGUUGAAAUGACUGAGAAAAGACUGAUACCGGAAUGCUCUACGUUCUGUAUGCUGGCUGAAAGACUUUGUGCUUUAUCCAUGGAGGACACUUUAGUUAUGCUUGUUGAAAGGAUUAUGGAUACGUAUUUCUUCUCCGAAAACGAGGUGUCUAUGAUAAACGGAUUCAUGAAAAUCCGUAAGUUUGAAGAUGCAUUGGCUACUCUUGGCGGGAUUUUGAAUAGGAGAAAUCCCAAGAGAGGUUGCUAGUGAAGAUUGAAGCUGGGAAACCUGCACUGGAAGAUACAGCUUGCAUUUCUGUUUGUUUCUAACAAUGGAAUAUGCCAAGGGGAAUGGUGUGUUGGAUCAACAGCUGUAUGGGGGCUGCUUUUUUAGGCACUGGCCUCCAAUUGGACUUUUGUCUAAAUUCAGCUUCUGUUUCUUUUCCCCUCGAGCAAUGGAAUUUUAGUUACUUCUCUGGAGGUACAUUCUUCUAAUACCUGAACCAUAUGAUUAAAUGUCAAGUGAUAUAAUAGGUGAUAUGGUUAAUGAACAAUUUCCAUAAUUAGGAACGACGCCUUUUGUUCUAGUGCAUUACAAGUGGUAGCAGAGGCGACGCCACAAUUCUUCAUGUGGGGUCGGCUGACCCCAUGGGGAAAAUACUCACCCUUGUUACUAUGCCAAUUUUGUUUGAUUAGUUAACAGCUGAUACCAUAAGCAAAUGUAGAUGACCACAUGACGAUGAGCCAAUAGCAUGGGAUAAUCUUUCCUACAGUUCUCUCUCUCUCUCUCAGAAAAAUCUUCAAAAAUGUACUAAUUUCGAAUUCCAACUCAUUCAGAGCAGGGACAGUGUUUGUUUUGGGUCUCAAAACCCAACUUCUCUCCCUCUACAUGGUCCUCAAUUGAUUUUUUCUAUCUCUCUCUCCACUCAUUACUCCCAAAAACCUCUCUCAACCGAAGGUGUUUUAUGGUUCUCAAAAAAAAAGAAAGCAAGGUGUUUUGUGGUUCUCCAUUCAGGAAAGAAUGUUUUUAUGUUAAUCUGGUAUUAAUUUAGAAUAUGCAUGAGAUAUUUGAAAAAAUAUCCACAUUUAUACACCUAUAUACACGUAUUUUUGGAAUAUUCCAAGGGUAAUGGAGACCAACUCCACAGGAUCAACGUUCUGGGGAUCAGUUUACAUUCAGCUGUAUUAGGGGGAUCCAUUUUCUUCAGGCAUUCAGCUGUAUUCGGGAUGCUUUUAUAGGCACUGGCAUUCAUUCAAUUUGACUUUUGUCUAUAUUCAGCUUCAGUUUCCUUUCCUCUCCAGCAAUGGAAUUUCAGUUCCUUCUCUUGUGGUACAAUGUUCUGAUUUCUGGACCUCAUGAUUGUAUGUCAACUGAUAUAAUCAGCGAUUCUCCAUCGUAUCGAAAUCUUUUAUGGUGGUUCUAUAAUUUGGAUGUGGCCCUUUUGUUCUUAUGCAUGGCAACUUACCAAUACUGAUGGAAGUAACUGAACUCAUGCUUUGUGUAAUUGGAUCUCUCUUCUCACUGUAGCUUGUGUUUUCUAGGUAUUGAAUUGUUAAUUGUGAAAUAAAAAAUGUGUCUGCGCCUUUUGUUUUAUUUUUGUGCUAAAGUAAUUCACCAGUUUUUCGUUUGGUUUAUUUUUCUUGUGGUGAAAGGGUUGAGCCCCAGUUGGUUUCUUUAUGUUCUUUCAAUUCCCCAAAAUAGAACAAGAAGUUGAACUAAAGGCAAAUGAAUUGUUGGUAGUGUACAGAAUCCGGUGCGUAAACAUUAUGUUGCGAAUGCAAAAGAGAUGGUUUGGGUUACCUCACACGAAUGUAAACCGAACCGGAUUGUUUCUGGAUGAAUCACGAGCUCCGGACAUGAACACAAACACAGCAACAAUCUCAAGUGAUGGAGUGAUACCACGAUCUUGGAGUAUCACUCUUAAUUCCAAGGUGCAAAAGCUUUGCGUUGAUCUAUGAUAGUAGAGACGAGAAAACCUUUGUUCUAGGGAGUAUUUUUUGUGCAUAUUUUUCUCUGUUUCUGCAGGAAUUAAAUAAAGGAGCAUCCCAGAUGCAUGCAAACUCAAUGUAAUCUGUCAUUGAAUCAUGAUCACAUUGGCGACACGAUUUCGUCCCGGACUUGUCCCCAAAUUCCAACACGAUCAAACUUUGGUGAUCCGUAUUCUUUCUCUGCGAUCUAUGUACAUUAUAUCCAUUCAUGCUGCGAAGCGAGAAUUCUAUAUUUUGUUCAUCUUCAUUUAUACUUCGUACUAUAAACUAUUCGUUUGCCCUUUAUUCCGAGCUUUCGUUGUAAACCUUCUAAAAUGGUCGGAUAUUGUUGGGAAGUGAAGAAAAGGCAUUCUUGUGACUC